UGAAGAGAGGACGAGAGUUUCAACAGAAGAGAACAGGGAAAUGAAGUUGUCAGACAGGCCAGCCCAGCAACUCUCUCUUCACUACUAGGCAGCUAGCGAGUGAGGUGACAGACGGUCACGAGUAGAGGGAUUCUUAUGAAAUACCACAGCUAUGAAGGUCGUCCAUUUGAGCAACUUGUAGCUACAAUUAGGUUACGCUAGACAGCUACAGCCACAGCCACGGAUAACGUUACAGACAGUUCAAAGUAACAGCGUUACAGUGGAAAAUAAGUGGGGACAACUUGCUAGCCCGCUAGCUAACCUUUAGCCACCGAGCCUCCUUCAGCUUCACAACCAGAGUUCACUCGAGAUUUGGGCUCGGAUUACCACUCUCCAGUCAUGCCUUUUCCUUUUGGGAAGUCUCAGAAGAGCCCAGGUGACAUAGUGAGGAGUUUGAAGGAGAAUGUGGCCUACAUGGAAAAGAUGGAUGCUGGAGACAGCAAAAAGUGUGAAAAGGUCGCAGAGGAGGUGUCCAAAAACCUUGCCUCGCUGAAGGAGGUGCUUAGUGGAACAGGUGACAAGGAGCCUCAAACCGAAGCGGUGGCCCAACUCGCACAAGAGCUGUACAACACCAACCUCCUCGUUGCUCUCAUUGCGAACCUGCAGAGGAUUGAUUUUGAGGGGAAGAAGGAUGUGGUUCAUUUGUUCAGCAAUAUUGUGAGACGUCAAAUUGGCAGCCGCACACCCACGGUAGAAUACAUCUCUACACAACAACGGAUCCUCUUCAUGCUGCUGAAAGGAUAUGAGAGUGCAGAAGUGGCUCUGAACUGUGGAAUGAUGCUGAGGGAGUGCCUGCGUCACGAGCCUUUGGCACGGACGGUGCUCUUCUCUGAAGACUUCUACUGCUUCUUCGGUUACGUGGAGCUCUCGACCUUUGACAUUGCCUCAGACGCGUUUGCCUCAUUCAAGGAUCUCCUCACAAGACACAAGAUUAUGUGUGCAGACUUCCUGGAGAACAACUAUGACAGGGUGUUUACAGAAUACGAGAAGCUCCUGCAUUCUGAGAACUACGUCACCAAGCGGCAGUCUUUGAAGCUCCUCGGGGAACUUCUGCUGGACAGACACAACUUCACUGUCAUGACAAAAUACAUCAGCCGGGCGGAGAACCUGAAGCUGAUGAUGAACUUGCUCAGAGACAACAGCCGAAACAUCCAGUUUGAAGCAUUCCAUGUGUUCAAGGUGUUCGUUGCAAACCCCAACAAGACUCAGCCCGUCCUGGACAUCCUGCUGAAGAACCAGACCAAGCUCGUGGAGUUCCUGGGCCACUUCCAGACCGACCGAUCGGAGGAUGAGCAGUUCUGCGACGAGAAGAACUAUCUGAUAAAGCAGAUCCGGGACCUGAAGAGGCCCGCAGCACCGGAGGAAGCUUAAGGCGCCUGGGACGACGGCUCCCAUCAGGUGGUAGACGUGCAGGUGGUGGCCGGAGCUGCGGAGGGCUAAGAGUCUAAAAGACAUGCUUCAUUAAAAUUUAAUAUUAACUACAAAAUAUAGGAAAAAAAGCAAAGAUUACUUCCUUCACUUUCUGUUUUUUUUUUUUUUUUUUUUUUUUUAAAGUUUGGAUGUGGAGGUGAUUUCCAUCCAGCAACUUGAGUGGGCCAAGAACUGUUAUUUAAACCAUAGUGCUUUUUCUUUGGUGAUGAUGAUGAAAUGCAUUUUAGUCCGUUCUUGUAAUGUUGGACCUUAAACUGUUACCUUUCCACAAACAUUGUUGCUGACCGAGACCCUUAAAAUGACAUAUGUCCCCCCCCACACACACCUUCACAGCCAACGUGUGUUCUUGAAAGUCUUUCUCAGAGACGUGUCUAUAUUUUAGAGAUGGAGAAGCUGAGGAGGAGUAUAUAAAUAUAUUAUUUUUCUAAUGUAUCUUCAUGGUAAACAGUUUAAGACAUGAGUAACCCUUCUCUCUGAACAAUGUUUCGUCUAACUAAUGGCAUAGGUUUGGUGUAUGGCCUUAUUGUAAAGCUGUUGUGUUGUACAGGGACUUAAAUGAUCUUCAGAAAUACGGCUUUGGCGGAGAGACGCGUGGAUCUUAUUGGCCAGGUCAGCACAUAGUAAUUUUUGGUGAUUUAAUGCGUCGGCGGUUCGGCAUUCUGGUUGCGUUGUGUGAGGUCACAAAUGAUCCUGCAGUUCUGUACUCGACAAUGCAUUAGCUGGCACAGGAAGGGGAAAUCAAAACCAUAGAGGAAUCAAUUAAUUGCGCUGUGAAAUUUUUUUAAAAUUUGUUUAGGCCGUGCUCAGCGAGGCUUACGUGACUGAAAUAGAAGCAAGGCAUCAGAUAACGCUGCAGGGUACCAGCCAUCCGCUAACACGGACAGCCAGGAUGCACCAAUUGAUCGCAUCCUCACACACUGAGCACGGAUAGGAACCAUUCAUGUGAUGAUUUAACCAACAAUGAAUUAACAGGGUUUUAAAGUACCCCCACGUAUGCCAGAUUAGGCAUUUCGCCUUUACAGCAUAAGCACUGCAUAACGCUAGAAAUGAUAUGGCCGUUUACGCGGAGGUGUUGUCCUUGAAGAUGCAUCAAAAAAAAUAUGUUGCGCUGUAAAUCUAUUAUGAUAGCACGAGGGGUGAUUUAAAGGGAGCGGACAUGCCGAAGAGACUCUGUACUAACUGUCAGCAGGAAGUGCUUUUUCCUGAUAAAGUUCCCACAUUUGGUUUUCAUUGGACUCGUAUUGAACGUCUGCUGCACUGGAUUUGAUUUGGGCAGACUGUCGGUAAUGGACAUUUGAUUUGACUAAAGAUCCCCUUGAUCUCAUGUCAACAAUAACUCAUCCAUGCAGUUGUUUACUCUUAACACCAAAUGAUACAGAAAACAGUCUAUUGGUCUGAUUAUACUAAUGCCUCUUAAUAUAAUACACUGUAACAUUUCCUUUUGAUGCAUCAGAAAGCACAUCCUAUCAGAUGUCAACGCAUUGUCUAAAUAUCCACACGCACCUUUUUAAAACAGUUUGUUUUGGCUGACGAGCACUGCAGUUAUCGAGUUCCUCGCGCGCAUCGCCGAUUAGUUACAUUUCUUCAAAAUAAAUAAUUGCCUUACUUCUGCCAUUGUCACUGAAAUGGCAUAUUAGGGAUUUCAAGGUAUACGGUGUGUGUGUGUGUGUGUGUGUGUGUGUGCGCGGACAGUCUUCUAGUGUAUAUACCUCAUGGGAUUUGAGUUUGCAAAUGCUGUGUUCUCUUUCCUUCCUCGACAACAUAUAUUUUAUUUGACUGUUUAAAACACACAGCAGUGGUUUGAAUGCAUGCCUGAGCUUGACAUGCAUAUAUGUUCAAACCUGAGCGGGGACUGGUUUUCAUAAUGGGGAAAACUAGAUUUUUAAACUGAAAUAUUUCAUCGGGUGGUGCCACACAAACGUUAAUUCAUAAUGAAUUGCAGUGUGCUACCUUGUAAUGAACGUUGCCUUAUUUAAAGACAUUUAAAGGAUCGUGAUGAUUAUGUGAAAAUUCCAGACCUUCGAUAUGAAAAAGGUUAAAGAUGUACACUUCAAGUCCCACACGCAUCACCAGUUCAUUUCUCAGAUCCACAUCGAGUGUAGUGUCGCUCUGUCACCAACUGCAUUAUGCUCUAAGGUUUUAAUAGACUACACUCAGUUGUAGCUGUUAGCUUCUGUACUUUUUUUUUUUUUUUUAAAUCACUAUUUGGUACACUGCACCAGAUAGUCACAUGGUUAUCAUCAGGCCUUUACGGAUCAAUACAUACAUUUGGGGACCGCUGUGAAUGUGGUACAUUAUGCACAAAUAGACUGAAGUCCUGCACACAGUGCACCGUCAUGUCACCAGUUUAUGAGAGUUUGUCUGAAAGUGUUUGAGUUUCUUUAAAAAAAAAAUAGAAAUCCUGUCCGUGAUCAACUCCUUUGAUUAUUUAAUGUGAAAACCAGUUUUUUCAAAACUACACCAAUGCAUCGGACUCACCCCAUUUACACAAGAGUAAUUAUUAAUAUCUAUCUAUAUAUAUAUAUAUAUAUAUACAUGAGCACAAACCAACUUGCAGCUUGCUGACAAACUGUUGCGUAACAGGCUGUAAUAAUAUCCAAGAUCAUCUGACUGUUGUGUAAAAGAAAAUAACAUUCACUUAGAAAACUCCUUCACAAUAUGAUUUAAAUUGAGCCCAGUCAUGCCGUGCUGUUCACAGUCGUCCCAUCAGGGGGCGCUGUUGGCAUCAAUUGGCCCAGUUAUUAGUUGUACCAGCAAAGCAUUUCAUGUUUCUAUAACCCUACCUCUCAUUAUGAGUUUAUAAAUCACUGGCGAUAUUAUGUAGACGUCAACACAAAUUCCUUAAGAUCAGUACUAUAUAUUUUCCAUGAUUUAGAGUUCUCUGUUUAAAUAUUUGUUGUGCUUUACUUUUUUUACUCUGUUGCCUUCUUCUUUCUUUCUUUUUCCCACCCUUCUCUUUCCACACUCUGGAUAUUCUCUUUAUUUUACCAUGGGAGCGAAUAAUGUGUACAUAACUUUAUAAAGGAUAAAAGUGUGAAAGCAUUCAUGAAAAUAAAAACUUUAUGGCAAAUUUA